UUUGGGAUAACAAUUGAAUUCAAAAUAGUGUUUGCUUUUCUGUGGUGGUACAGCUCGUGACAUCAUCAAUACGCAGUUGUAUGUACUCUUUGCCCACAAUCCAAAGCAAAUAAUGCAGUGAACUCCAAGAAUCUUAUACAGUAUCUACAAACUUUGGUUGCACUCCUUUCCCAUCUCAUUACUUAACCCAUGUUCUGCUCCUCCAUUCUCGUAUCAAAAAAAAAAACUUCAAGAGAUGAAGAUCUUCACUCACUUGUGUUCCUACAUUCUUCUUCUAGUAGUCUUCAAUGUUCCAAAAGGCCUAUCAGAUAAUCCUCCUCUGCAGGAUGUAUGCCCCAUGGCUCCCCAGGGUGAGCGGAAGCUGUUCAUGAAUGGUUUCCUCUGCAAGCAUCCCAGCACCAUCCUGGCCUCUGACUUCAAGACACUGCUGCUGAACCAUGCCGGAGACCUGGACAACAUAGUCCGGUCAUCGGUGAACGUGGUCACUGCUACCGAGUUCCCAGGCCUGAACACCCUGGGCCUGUCGAUGGCGCGCACCGACAUCGCCCCCAAUGGGGUAGUGCUCCCCCAUUCUCACCCGAGGGCGUCGGAGAUGAUGUUCGUCCAUGGUGGCAGUGUGGUGGUCGGCUUCUUGGAUACCAAGGGCAGGCUGUUCCAGAAGAGCCUUGGCGAGGGGGAGGUGUUCGUCUUCCCCCGUGGCUUGGUUCACUACAUCAUGAACUAUGGUUUUAGCCAUGCGACAACGUUUUCGGUGCUGAACAGUCAGAACCCUGGCGUGGUUGGCAUUGUCCAUGCAAUGUUUGCAACAGAUUCAGAUGUAGUUGAGGGGCUAAUGGCCAGAAUGUUUAAGUUUGGAGAGAUGGGAGUGAGUGAUAACAUUACUGCUGAUUUCCCAUGGGCGCUCUGAUUAGGAACAACAUAGUGGUUGCAAUUCAAGAUCACCGUCUAAAUGCCUAGUAAUGAAUAAUGUAUGAUUGUGGUGUAUCUGAUUAACUUCUGUAACUGAUGUAGCUAAGUUUGUAGUCUGAACUACUUGUAGGAGUAAUCACAAAUUCACAAUCAUCCCUUAUCUCUCUUUCCAGGAUUAUUUAUGUUAUUGCAAUCCCUGCUCUCCCUUUGUUGCAGUCCUUUGCAAUUCUGCUCUCUCUCUCUCUCUCUCACCUUUUUUUUUGCUUGCACAAUCCUAUUUCUCUUUGCAAUCUUAUGUCAGUGAUGAUUCCCUAGUCGCGUCACGCAACUGUAGCUUCAGCAUCACCAAGUUUGAGUAUUCCAAGGACAGCAUAACCUUCCUUUGUCCUUUGCUUUACUCAGUGGAUCUCUACACCAUUUGUUGUUUAGCAUUAUCUCCAGGCUCCAACUCCUUGAAGGUGAGAUCUCUUUCUUUGAAGGUGGAAUCUCUCUCUUUUCCGCGCCUUCUCUUUCACACUGAAAGCUCCUGCACCUGAUUAAGGUAGACACCUCUAGCACCAGGCCAAUCCUGUCAUAUUCACGCGCUGCUUUUGCAAGGUGCUCUUGUAACUGAUAUUGUUAAUGAUGGAUCCACACUCCGCGAAAUUGCCGCCGGGAGUCUAACCGGAUAACUUGUUAGGUGAUCCAUUUUGAUUUGAAUCCUUAAGUGUUAUUGUCAGAUGUUCCUUUCUGUUGGUCUAUUGCAGUACAACUACAAGUGUGCUGUGGAUAAUGACCCCAUAGUAGAAGAACUUGUGGAGCCAUGCGCUUGCUUUUGGGUUUAGCAGACUCGGUUGCUCCAUCGUUUUUUUAGAGAUUAGAUUUUCCAUCAUGUUGCGAAUUUUGAGAGAUUUCGAAACGUCAAUUCUUCUUCAGCGACUUUUUUCCUCAUUGAUGGCGAUGAUUCAUCAAAAUGGCUUUUCUUAUUCUUACAAGGAAACCGUUUAGGAAUAUUGACUAUAAGUUUUUUUUAGCAUUUAACAAACUUGAUGAUAGCACUGGGAUCAUUAAAUAAUCUUCGUGAUGAUUUGAUCAAGAAACAAUUCAUGGAAGUGAUAACAAGAAACAAUUGAUCACCGAAGUACAUCCUGCACAGUCAACCUGCAUAACUUUAUUAACAAAAAAAACUGCAUAACUUGGUUUCAGGUUGAGAUGGCUACAUGACACAUCUAAAUUCUUUCUAUGCGAUGUUCUAGACUUGUUCGCACAGAUUAAGAUGUAGACCCCUAGUCAAAAUGUGUCCAAGCUUGGUAUUGAACAAAUAAUUUUAGUCUUGUUAAACUAGCUCAUGGGUCCUUAAAAGUCGCACGAGGAACAUCUAGUUAUAUG